GGGCGCGUCCGGACCCGUGCAGGCAGCAGACGACAGCAUCAUGGCGGACCACAGGACGGACGUGAGGGAAGACUCCGAGAUGGCAGUCACAGUGGCCACCCCAGACCCCAAGAAUGUCCAGGAACUGACGCAAUAUGUCACGGUGCUUCUACAGCAGAUGCAAGAACGAUUCCAGACCAUGUCGGACCAAAUCAUUACGAGAAUAGAUGAGAUGGGGACACGCAUUGAUGACCUCGAGAGGAACAUUGCCGACCUCAUGACGCAAGCUGGCCCAGAGGAACCAGACAAGUGAACCGACGCAGAGAUUUAGCAGACAGUUUUCAGUUAAUGGAAGAGAGAGCAAGAGAGAGCCUCACUUUACUUAGCACUCGCCACAACUGAGUGGAUGUUUAGAUGGGCUCGUCCUUAGUAUGUACAUGGGAAGUUUGAGGAGCUGAAAAAAAAGUAUUUGAAAGAAUGAUUAAAUAAAAUUAGAAAGCAGAAUCCAGAAAAAAAAACGGUGAAUGGAAAUUUUUCUUGGACCAACUAGUAUACGAAAGGGAUUUCAGAAGUAACAUUUUAUUUUAAAGCACAUGAUGACAAGUGUGCAUGCAUAGUAUAAGACUAACAUGUUCACUCAGAUGGUUAGCAGUGUUACCAACAAAGUAUGAAUUGUAACAUUAUACUAGAAUCAUGAACUGUGAGAAUGUAUUAGAAGUAUGAAGUGUAAUAUUAUAAUAAGAUAAAAUGAAUGUGCAAUAACACUGCCAUUAUUAUUGUUUAUAAGGUAUAUAUAUGUAUAUAUAUAUAUCCAGAAGAUAGUUUCUUAUCAAAUGAUUUUCAUAUUUAUACAGCAUUGUAGACCAGGCAGACAGGCAACCAGUCUUGUAGAUGGAAACAUGCAUCAUGGAAUCAGAAUAUUUUUGUUAAUUGUAAUUUUUCAGAUUGAGUGAGUGAGAAUAACGAUUUUUCUAUAAUUAAUCCAUUGAUUGUGCUUUAUGUAUAAAAUUGUUUGAAUGUUUUAUAGAAAUAAAAUGGGAGUAGGCUUUGAUAUAUGGUGUUUAAAAAAACUCGAUACAUCAUUAGGCUUAAUUGUCUCAGGGUUGAUUAUUGGUGGAUGUUGGCGAAAAUCAUCUGUUCUUUUGGUAUUUUAGACUGGCUAAUAACUGUUGGAUGAGUAGGUAACUUAAUGAAAGUAAAAAUUACAGUGAUAAUGAGAUAAUUAAAAGUGCACAAAUAGACUUUUAUGAAGGAGAGAUAGUCUUAAAAAUCAAGUUAGGGUCAGUUGUACAUUCCCAGCUGCUUCUCUUGGUAACAAACCACAUUUUAAAUAUGUAAAUCAUCUGUGCCAGGGUUUCAUCACCCUUUUGUAAAUGGCAACAUUGAGGUCAAAGAUGCACUAAACCAGUUCUUUAUUACUUUGAGUAAUUUAACGUGUUUGGGGAAGCUUGAUGCAUCAUUCUUGAGCAUCCCCUCUCUUUGAAAUUACAGACAGUGGUUACUUUUAAUCUUUAGAUAGUUCAAAAAAGAAGAAUCAGAAACUAGAGGGUUCAUACUCUGGCCCAAAGAACUUCUGUAAGAGAACUGUUCAUUCACCAGUCAUUCUUUUAAUGACCUGAAGAGGUGUUCUUUAAACACUUGCAAUUUGAUAUUUAUUGAACAUAAAUAUACCUUGUAACCCUCUUUUGAGGUAAAUCUUUGACUGUAAAAAUGAAAUAUGUUAAAAGCUUAGUGAUCAGAAAUGUUCAAUGUACCAGCAAAGUUGUUGCCUAGAUAAAAAAGAUGGAAUACAUAGGUUGUAUCCAUAAAUACAUGGAAAGGAAAGGAAGCUUGGCCAAAGAUAUUUUUAAAAUGCAUAUUUUCUUUGCAUUUUAUAAGCUAUUCUCUAUAGUGUGUGCACCCUCCUUUGCAGUUUGCCAAAGAGGAUAUCCAGACACUGACAGUUAUUAAUACUUCAACUUCUACCAAAUUCCCUGAACCUUCUUAUCCUCUAAGAGGAUGAAUUUCUUAACAGUUCAUCACUUAACCAACAGUCCAUGUUAAAGAUGUAGUUAUAUUAUGUAUUGAUUGUUCAUAUCAUGGUGAUAUACAUGAUUCUGCAACUUGUCCAUAUCAGUUGGAGUAAUUUAGGAAGCAUCUCUUUUUAGGUGUUGAGUGUGGACUGAAUGAAGACUGUUUGGGAGAAAAAGAUGAUGUGUCACGGGAAAGGUAGGAUUGUGAAAAGUGCUAUGGAAAAGAAAGGUAAUGGCUCAAAGGUCACGGGACAGUUGCCUUUUUUAUCGUCCCAAAACAGAGUUGUAUCCACCUUAUCAUGUUGAAUACUGUCAUCACCUUGCAUGUUUUGUACAUGUGUAGGAAAUGAUUUGUUUUCUAUACAGGAUCAUGUAAAAGUAAGAAAGACUUAUACCUUUUGUUAUGCUUUUACCUUUCAGAAUAGCUUAGACUUUGACUAAUGAGAAAUCAAGUGAGCCACAUAAUUUUUAUAUUGUGCUUUAUACUGUAUUCCAUCACUGCACAUCAUACAUUGGUAAGGGAAUCAUAACUAGUAGGUUAGAUGUUUUAGCACAAUAUGAAUUGCGAUUCUCAACUCCUGUGUGUUUGGUUUUAUAUCUGUAUUUGGUUUGCUUGUUGAACAGUGGAUAUACUACAAAAAGAUAUAUGAUUAUGUGUCUAACUUUAUAAUAUUUGGAAACUUUUUCAGAUGUACUAAUGAUUCCCCUUUCGUUUUUCUUUUUUUUUGCUGUGACUGAUAAUACCAUGUAGACAAAAUAUGUUAUUCUGUAUUUGUGUUGCAUAUUUCAAAUUGUAUAUGUAGUUUCUAUCACAGCAACAUUAAAGUUUAUUGAUGGUUUCCACCAUCCCUAUACAAAAA